AUGACCGUGUCAACUUCAACAAGAGCAUCUCCUGCCUUUGUUAUCUCACAAUAUCCUCUUCUUGCAAAGACUUCGGAAUCAUCAAUUUCACUAACGGAAGCGUCUCCUGUAAUCCUUAGUUCACCAACACCAUUUGUUUUUGAAGAAACUCACCCGAACAUUACUCAACCGGAAUCAAUAUCAGAUUUUUCAACGAGAACCACAUUAUUAACAAGGAAUAAUAUAGACACGCAAAUUUUCCGUUUGUUAUUAAUGGAUCGCAAAUCAACUUCCCGAGCGGAUUUUGUCAUGUUUGGAAGUAAUCGUGUUGUCGAAGAUACUCCUACCUCGAAAGGUUAUUAUCAUUUUGAGAAAAAUAUAAAACCAAAAUUUCUAAAUGAACAUCUGAAAUUAUUACAACAUGUCGCCUUAUCAACUAAAGUUGUGAGCUCAUUAAAAGGAUUCAUACCUCGAAGGUCGAUGCAUCUCACUCGGCAAAAACGUGUUAAUGUCAAUUAUCGUUCUAGCAGGAAUGCUCUUGAAGCUGUUGAUAGGAGAGGAAGCAGAAGAAGCCUCCAAAGAGAAGUAAUAAAGGGAAGUAGCCGCAACAUUCAUGUUCUCGUUGAACAAUUCGCAGUUACUGGUGAUCUGAUAAAAGAAGAACGUUGGAAACUGUAUAUCGUUGCUGAAGAAAAGUCUGUGGGACUGGCACCUAUAAUAAUUGAAAUGCUCAUGAACAACGAAUUCAAGCAUGUGAAGCUGGUGGCCAAUUAUGAUGAAAAUUCUUUAGUCAACAACGAAGCACCUUACAAAUGGCUACUAUAUCAAGCAAUUAGUGAAUAUUUGAGAGAUCUCGGUAACAAUUAA